ACUAAGAAGGGGCAUGGAACGAGCAAGUUACCACUCUCGUAGUCAGUCCACCUCAAAUUCGCGUAACACUAACAUCCGAAUAGGAACACGAAAAGACAUACCCUCCGCGGCGCGAAAAGCUUCGGGACAUGGUCUUUACGAGGCAAUUUUCCACCUUUGACAGGCAAAACCAAGAUGCCGCCAAAAGCCCGUUCCAUGGCUUCUACGUUCUUUUUUGGAUCGCGAUGACUAUCUUGAUUCUCAAGACGGGUGCUGAGAAUUGGAGGAAGACUGGGAAUCCACUCGGGACCAACGAGAUUAUGAGGACUAUGUUCAGGCGAGAUGUGAUAGUUCUUCUGUUCUCCGAUGGCAUAAUAUGCGGUCUAACGGGGGUGAGUUGGCUCAUUCAGCGCCUAGUCUUCCUUGACUAUAUCAGUUGGGAUAGGUCUGGCUGGAUCAUACAGAACAUCUGGCAGACCUUGUUCAUUGCCGGCGUAAUUUGGCUUACACAUUUGAGGGAUUGGCCAUGGACACAUACUGUCUUCUUUGUCCUCCAUGGACUCGUGAUGCUAAUGAAACAACAUUCGUAUGCAUUCUACAAUGGCCACCUCUCAUCCGUUUACAAGAAACGACGAAGCCUGCUUCUUAAAUUGAAGCAUCUGGAAAACAUCUCACCCGUGACAACGCCAUCGACAACAAGUCCCUCAGUUGCCGCCCUAUCUACGUCACAUCUCUCGCUUCGGCCAUCAGCCGACGAAUACUAUGAAAGACGAAACUCAUUAUCAAAGACCCGAUCAAAUGAGCACAAUGACAUGCAGAGCAUCUCUCUCGCGAUUAAAGCAGCUGAGCCACUCGACAUGGAGCAGGUUCGCGUUUUCGAGAGACUCAUCAAGUGGGAAGCUGAUGCACUCACGGAUGAACUCAAAGGCAAAGCGACAGAUCCUAAAAAUCAUUAUCCAAACAACCUUACUUUCCUAAACCAUUAUGAAUAUAUUGUGUUUCCCACCCUCGUUUACGAGCUACAGUAUCCCAGGUCCGAGAGUAUCGACUGGUUUUAUGUGGCUGAAAAGGCCUGUGCUACUGUUGGUGUCAUAUUCGUUAUGAUAAUGAUUUCCCAGGCUUUCAUGUACCCCGUUGUGAUGAGAACUGUCUACAUGAAGGAAAUGGGUUGGACGACAGCCCAAAGAUUCCAAGAAUUUCCUUGGUUAUUAAGCGACCUCAUCUUCCCAUUUUUGAUGGAAUAUCUGCUAGCUUGGUAUCUCAUCUGGGAGACUGUUCUUAACAUACUCGCGGAGCUGACCUAUUUUGCGGACCGAAGUUUCUAUGAUGCAUGGUGGAACAGCGUAUCAUGGGACCAAUUUGCCCGCGAUUGGAACCGCCCAGUCCAUAACUUCCUUCUACGCCACGUGUAUCAUAGCUCGAUCUCGUCUAUGAGGGUCAAUAAGCACACUGCAACGCUCAUUACCUUCUUCCUCUCGGCCUGCAUCCAUGAACUGGUCAUGUGGUGUAUAUUCAAGAAGCUUCGUGGCUAUCUGCUCAUACUACAAAUGUGCCAGCUCCCACUCGUGAGGAUGAGCCGGACGAAGUGGCUUCGCGACCAAAAGACCAUUGGCAAUAUUAUCUUCUGGACUGGGAUUCUUACAGGUCCCAGCUUGUUGUGUAGUUUAUAUUUAAUUCUGUAGCAGGUCGUUCACUUGACACAUGGCGUCUCGAGGGUAUGGAUAGCAGAAUAACCUUACCUACUUACUAAGGUUAUGAGUCAAUAUGCAAGGACUGCGUGCACACACACGAGGUCGAGUCUUGGGAGUUGAAGGCGUCGCAUAUUGAUUCCCGGUAAGGGCAAACUUAGGUAGAUAAAUACUCGGGUAUGAUGAAAAAGGAAAAGUAGUCAGAAAAAACACAUCCUAGAAUGUAUAAUAUUUUUUCUUCUACCUCGGUCAGAUAGAAUGGAAACUCGAUGUGUUGUUUCCUUCCUCGAUCAGAUAAUUCUCAUGCGUUCGUUAAGGGGUCAAUAGGCACCUACAUGCAUUACAACCUUGCCUGAUUGGCAUGCAUGCAUGCAUGUAUUCGAAAUAC